GACAGAACAGGGUGUGGGGCCGCCCACUACUAGGAUCACGCCCGGCUCGCCCCGUACUGCCGCCUAGCGGGUGACAGCGGUGCCGCGUACUCUCCGUUGCUUAGUAACGGGACGCCUGGCAACAUUAGUCUGAGGCCCCGGCACGGCACCGGGGAUCACAAGAUGCCGCCCAAGAAGAAGAAGGGGAAGGGCAGCGCCGCCGCCAGGAAGGAGGGGAAACCGGGACAACAGGCGGUAGCGGAGCCCGUGUCCCAGGACAGUAAAGAGUUCUACCUGCUGCAGAUCCGGGACCUGGAGGGCCAGGUGGAGAGAUAUCAAAGAAAAUGGGAUGAAGUUUCUGCUAGGGAGAACCUGCUCAUCUCGCAGUAUACCCAGGUCUCCAGUGACAAAAAUGAGAUUGUGUCAUUUCUCAAGCGCACACUGGACCAGCGCACGGAUGAAAUACUGGACCUCAAAGACCAGCUGGCUGGCCUUCAGCAGGCCAAGGACGAUGAGAGAGACGCCUACGUAGCACAACUGUCUCAACUGCGACACGAGUUCCAGAAGACUAAGGACCAUCUUACUUCAGAGAACAUGAUGUUAGCGGGUAAGUUGGCCUCCUUGGAAGAGUUCAGGGAACAGAAAGAAGAACUGAUGGACAAGUUUGCUGCGCUCGAGGAGAAGUUAAGGAAACAAGAAGAAGAGCACAAAGAUACGAUGUACAAGCUGGAUAAGAAGGCUGUGCUGGACAAGGACAGGUUAAAGAAGGAAAUGGUGCAGCGGGUCAAUUCUGUGGCAGAUGAGUUUCGUAGAGUGUCUAACAGCCAGAUGGCUGAGACCACUAAGCGCACCAUCCGCGAGAACGUCUCUAUUGGUUCUCAGCUCACUAAGAUGUCCAAUAGGAGCUUGGAGCUGAUGCAGGAGAACGACCACUUGAAAGAACAGGAAUGUGAGCUGAGGAAACAACUGGAGAUGCUGGAGGAGAACGAGAAAGAGUUAGUGAAGAACAAUCUGAGCAACAAAAAGGUGAUCCGUAUGUUGACAGAGAAAUGUCAAAAACAGGAGGAGAUGUUGGACCUGGCUGCACAGAGGGAGCAUGAACUGAAUCAAUUACACAUGGAGUAUCUGUCCCUUCAAGAGGAGGCACAAGCGCUGAGACAGCGGAUGUCAUCUCUGGAAGAGGAGGUUCACAGAUUGGGGGAAGAGAAGGACAAGGCGAAUGGCCAGCUAGAAGAUGAGAAGAACAACAGGGAAACUGUGGAGAUGGUCUUGAGUCAGGCGGCUUUUGUGCUGAAGGACAUACUCAUGGAGGAGCCAAAUGAUAAGCUGGAGGACACAGAAGUUCUAAAACUAGCAAGACGCAAUCAGACGCUGCAGAAGCUCCUGUUGCUAUUAAACAGCGCAGCCACACUGGGCCUGGGGCCUUCAUUAAAUGAUUUCCAGAGCAGAGGGGCUCAGAAUGUGGAGAAUGACAUGUCACCUAAGAGCUACAGGCAGAUGGUGUCUCCUGCCUUGAAGGGCCCUGGAGUUAUUCCUCACUAUCGAAUGGGAGAUCUGGGACUAGUGCCCAGACAAGACGUCUCUAAUGUUCUGCUCAGCAAAGUAGGAAAGCAGUCUAGAAACACAAGGCUUGGUCCAAUCCAAGCUAAACCUGCUAUAGAAAAGGACCUGCAUAUGCCAAGACAGGAGGAAAAAGACAGAGACCAAAGCACAUUACCAAGAAUCCUAUCAAUACCAGCCAGCAAGACUCUUCUUAUGGCUAAAUAAUGACUAGCUUGCAUAUUAUAUACACACACACUAUACAAUAAAGGAGUAGCUAAAAGGUGUAAAACUAAAUAA